GACGGGCGGGCCAAUAAAAGACGACGUGAAGCGUAUAACGCGCCGCGUAGCAGGACUAGGAAAACAAACGGGCGAUCGGCUCCCGACGAACGGACGGCCGCGCGAGGGUAGGCGACUGUCGCCGGUGUGAUCGCCGACAAAGGUCAGAUCAUUUGUAAAUUUGGUGGAUGAUGCGCGCGGACCUGUACGGUCGCGAACGGUGCACGAACUUGCUGCUGCAGCUGUCUGUGAGGCAUGCCGCGCGAUAACUUUCACCCGUUGACCCGUUGACGUGCGGCGAGGCGGACGAGGGCCGACGCAGUAGUAGAGAGGAAACAACGCGCGAUUCCGCCUCUCCUUCGCUUUUUUCCGGAAGAGAGCAUCGCGAGAGCAGCGACGUGCACGGGGCUGGGAGCUUUGUAGCAGAGAGCCUGCGGGUUUUUUUCCUCGCGCGAGAGACUCGCACAUAUGCGCCGGACGCGUCCGCAUGCGUAAUAAUUGUCUCCUUUUCCGACUCGCCCGAUCGAAAUACAUUGUCCGACCGGAGAGCGCUCUCGGGGUACUCGGCGAAGAAAGGGAAGUUGCUGUAAUGGCCGCCGUGUCAUGAAAUGAAGGUGCCGAGCCAGUUUUGUGGUGCCACAAUGGAGGAUAGCUGCAACCCCGCGUCCCAGAAUCACAACGGUCAGUUGUCCAGCGGCGCGAACGUCUCCCUCGUGAACAAAACGAUCCAGGGCAGUGACAAUGGCAGCAACGGCGACGCCAAGGAUCAACGGCCGCAGUACUCAAUGCCUGGUAUCCUGCAUUUCAUUCAGCACGAGUGGGCCCGCUUCGAGCUCGAGAGGUCUCAGUGGGAAUUGGACAGGGCGGAAUUUCAGGCUAGGAUAGCUUUUCUUCAAGGUGAAAGAAAAGGACAAGAAAAUUUGAAGAAUGACCUAGUGAGGCGAAUAAAAAUGUUAGAGUAUGCACUUAAGCAAGAAAGAGCAAGGUAUCAUAAACUAAAAUAUGGUACCGACUUGGUAAUGCAAGGAGAUGUUAAACCACCUCUUUACGAAGAAGGUACCACAUGCAAUGUCUCUGAAGGUGGUGGUGGUGGUGGAGGAGGAACAGGAGAAGGAGGGGGAGGAGGAGAUGGAGAAGCUUCAUUUACAUCUGUCAGUAAUGUUAGUUGGAGACAAGGUCGUCAACUUCUAAGGCAAUAUUUACAAGAAAUUGGGUAUACUGACACAAUUAUAGAUGUACGGUCAAACAGAGUACGAUCACUGCUUGGUUUAAAUAAUAAUACAGACUCAGAUGAAAUGAAUACUCCAGCAUUAAAUGGAAAUGAAGGAACACGGGAGAGACAAGAAUCAUCCGAUGAUCUUAUGUGCCUGCAGAACAACCAAAAAAGGAGAAAGCAAAAGCCAUCUUCUAUAGCAGAAGCAAUGAUAUUAGAUACAGAAGCAGCUGUUAUAGCGAAUUUUGAGUUUUUGGGACACACAGAUAUGGACAUGGAAGAGGAAGAGGGAGAUGGGGAGGAUGAAAUUUAUGAUGCAAAUACGGACACUAAACCAAAUAAAGCAUCUAUCCCCCUUCUAGCGGAAGAUGUUGAUACAGAUGCGGAGGCAGAAGAAGUAUUAAAUGAAUUAAAUCUCCUCACAGAAAUUGAGGAAUCGCCACCUGGUUCUAUUCACCUGGAAAUGAAUUCUUCAAAAUGGGAUUUAUUACACAGAGGAUUACAACAAGAUCCAAGACGCCCAAACAAUAAAGAAGGUGGUGAUUCCACACUGGAAUUAGGAGAAUUAGAACAAUUAUGUGUUAACAAUGAUGCAGAAAUAUCAUAUGAUAUGGUUUCCACCACAAAGGAAACUUUCAGAAAAACAUGGAACGCAAAGUAUACAUUACGUUCGCAUUUUGACGCUGUUAGAGCACUCGUCUUCCACCCCACAGAUCCGGUUCUCAUCACCGCAAGCGAUGAUCACACAUUGAAGUUGUGGAAUCUUCAUAAGACUGUACCGGCAAAAAAGUCAGCUUCGUUAGAUGUAGAACCACUUUACACAUUCAGAUCACAUACUGGACCUGUAUUGUGUUUAGCCAUGUGUAGUACGGGCAAUCGAUGUUACAGCGGUGGUUUAGAUGGCAUGAUCCAUUGUUGGACACUACCAUCGGCUAACAUCGACCCAUACGACUCGUAUGAACCAAGUGUUCUUAAUCAUACGUUAACGGGGCACACAAAUGCUGUUUGGGGCUUGAGCAUGUAUCAUUUACGUCCUACUAUGUUAUCGUUUAGCUCGGACGGAACUGUAAAGUUAUGGGCACCACAAGCAUCGGUACCUCUUCUCAAUACAUAUGUCUCAGAACAAGACGGCAUACCGACUUCAGUUGACUUCAUCAGGGACGAGCCGCACAAGUUGGUUGUGGCUUACGAAGGAGCUUGCGUGAUAUUUGAUACCGAGACCGGUGCGAUCGUGGCGCGACUCGAGGCAAAUGAAACGAAGGGUGUGAAUCGCGUUGUAGCACAUCCGACGUUACCGCUUGUUGUGGCCGCACACGAGGAUCGGCAUAUUCGAUUCUAUGAUCACCGGUCAGCCACUCUCGCUCACGCGAUGGUAGCACACUUGGACGCGGUUACUAGUCUUGCUGUAGAUCCUCAUGGUCUAUACUUACUUUCAGGAAGUCAUGAUUGCAGUAUAAGAUUAUGGAACAUGGACAACAAGACUUGUGUUCAGGAGAUAACAGCGCAUCGGAAGAAGUUCGACGAAAGUAUUCUAGACGUAGCGUUCCACCCAUCACGACCGUUUAUAGCGAGCGCAGGCGCCGACGCUCUCGCCAAAGUGUUUGUGUGAAAUGUAAAUCGAGAUACACUCGCAUCAAAAUAAUGGUUUCUACUAUUACAUCAAACGGAACAGUUUUUGUACUCGUAUUCUUUUCUAGAUAGCCUUAACUUUUAUGUGUCCACACUUCCAAUUUUGUUGUAACUCUUUGAUCGUUCUCCUAUCAUUUACUUUACGAGAAAGGGUUUAUAAGGAAAUCAAAUCGCGAUCGUAUAGGUAUUCAUAAAGAUAAAAACAAGUUUAUCCGUAACUUCUUAUCUGUGACACAGUUUAUGGAAAAAAUAAUAAUUUUAAAUAAUUAUAAACGCUGCUUGUUGAUGUGUUAUCAUCAUUAAGUAGCCAUACUAUUUGGAAUAGCGGGAAGGGGGUCUAUCAUGUAGAAUAUUAGCCGAUAUAGUCCUGAUAAUUAGAGGAACAAGCCCCUUUACCCAGAAUCCAGGAAGUAUACACUGCCGCGGUAGCGUAAUAUUUAUCCUUACGUUAACUAUUUAUUACCAAUAUCGCCGUUACUGUUGCACAGCUACUGGGGAUUAAAUACAAUCGUAAUAAUCGACGAUAAAGUUGCUCUAAUAAACAAAAAAAUACAUGCAUUAAUUAGUCUCCCAUUACACAUAAUUUUUCCUGCUGCCUUAUAUAUUCAUCGAGGCUAGCACAUAGUAAUGAUAACAUAAUAAUAAUACUAUUAAUCGUAAGGUAAUUAUAAUAGACA